AUGCUCGCUCUCCUCAAGCUCUCCGUUCUCGCCGCCCUCGCUGCCGCACAGAUCUGCGCUCCCGGCGGCGGCGGUGGCCCCUCGACCACCACCCCUCCUCCCACCACCACCCCUCCCCCCUCUGCGAGCGGUACCGUGAUCCACCCCGGAAGCCACACCAACCUCUGUGUCGAUAUCGCCGGGGCCAAGAUGGCUAAUGGCACGCCUGUCCAGGUGUACCAGUGCAACGGCACCCCCGCCCAGGCGUUCACCCUCGUCCGUGGCAACCAGCAGGUCAAGGUUGCGGGCACCAACUUCUGCCUCGACGCUGGCUCCAACCCUGCCAACGGCGCCAAGCUCCACCUGUGGACCUGCUACUCUGGUCUCCCUCAGCAGCAGUGGUACUACACCAACGACAACCGUCUCGCCCUGACCAACAUGGGUCUCUGCCUUGACCUGACCGACGGCCGCGCCAGCAACGGCAACCAGCUUCAGGUCUGGGCGUGUGGUAACGGCAACGCCAACCAGGUCUGGACGUCGAACGUUUCUGGCGGGUCGGCCCAGCGCCGCUGGUACCACGAGUAG